AGUCCUUCUUCUGAAGACAUCACCAGUGUGUGGAGUCUGCCGCACACCCACCCCCUGCCAAACCACGGCCUUUACCUGUGUCUUUCGGUGUUUCCCGUGCGACCCUUCCUGUGGGAGUGCCUCGUGGGCUGCCCCGGAGUUCGCCCCACGCUCAGCAGCGCCAAUGGUGAAGAUGACAAGAUCCAAGACCUUUCAGGCAUACCUACCCUCCUGCCACAGGACCUACAGCUGCAUUCACUGCCGAGCUCACUUGGCCAAUCAUGACGAACUCAUUUCCAAGUCCUUCCAGGGAAGUCAAGGGCGAGCCUACCUCUUCAACUCAGUAGUUAAUGUGGGCUGUGGGCCUGCAGAAGAGCGGGUGUUGCUAACAGGACUACAUGCCGUGGCAGACAUUUACUGUGAAAACUGCAAAACCACUUUGGGCUGGAAAUAUGAACACGCUUUUGAAAGCAGUCAGAAGUAUAAAGAAGGCAAAUACAUCAUUGAACUCGCACACAUGAUCAAGGACAAUGGCUGGGACUGACCUGAUAGCAUCCAUCCGGUCCAGCAUCCAGCGAAUGCCACCCAACUGAACAUUCUACCCAAGCGUGAGAGAGUGACUGAACGCACUCGGUUCCAUCUACGUAGGGGCCUUGCCAUCAGGGGGCAUCCUCCCACCCUGACGCCAUCAUUUUUGGUGACUGGCCUCUAAAUCACUGUCUCUCUGUCUCUUUGCUUUGUAUCUGUGUGUGAGUUGAUCUCGGCUUCUCUGUUCUAGUGUUGGCUGAAAACAGUUAUGAGCGGAACGGACCCUUGGCUGCACGGUGGCAGCCCGCCUUGAGAAGGGGGUCCCCCCGCCCACGAGAGAACUGCCUAGUGGCCUGUCAGAACAGUGGCAUGAGGACCAGAAAAGGGGAACCUGAGAGUCCUGGGAUUGGGGAAGGGGCAGGAGGGUGGAACAAAACUGUACUGCUCUUGGAGACCUGGCAACUUAGGCUUGAAAUAAUUGACUCCUUCAAAAAGGACAAAGAGGGAAAAAAA